AUGUCCAGGCCUCAUCCAGUCUUAUUCGCCCAUCAGCAGCACUCGUCCCACUUCUUGACCACACCCUGCCUAUCAUCCACCUCCUCAUUCCUCGAAACCACCGGCCCGACCGGUGCCGGCGCACGGAUCUCGUCCUACUUGGCGACUCUUACCCCCAUGUUACUGCUGCUAGUAGCCACUACCGGCGUUUCACGGCACUACGCCGUCCGCCCACCCAUCCGUCAUCCAAUCUACAGGACGGCCAAAUCGGCUCGACGCCCUACGAAGCGGGCGGUGCAGCCAGUUUUCCCCUCCCUCGCGGCAGAGGGGCAAGGACGAGGGGCGGCGAGGGUUCGUCCUCAGCACCUGAUCCAGACCGAUGUCUCCGGUAGGGGCACAGCGACAAGGUUCGCGGCUGUCUUCAACGCCACACCGGACGGGCGGGCGCAAGAUGCGCUCAGCGUCCUGAUCCCGCACGCCUCGGUCGCUCUGAUGAUAGGGGAGGAGCCCGUCUUCAGCAGUCCUUCGGAGCCAACCUUGACGGAGGGGUUCUAUCUUCUGCUUGCUGUCAAGCUCUGGAAGGAUGACGCGCGGCACGGAGACCUGAUCUUGAUCAGUGACAAUCAAAGGGCGAUCAAUCUCUUGUCUGCGGACCAGCGCAAUGUGCCGUAUACCUUCGCUGGGGAGAUCACGCCCAAACUGGUGAGAACACUCAACGUCUUGCGCACCAUCGGUCGCGAAAUCUUAGACAUAGCGGUCAUUGCCGAUAUCAACGUUCGGUACCAGUGGGUCCCGAGGAGGGAGAACUCCUUGGCGAAUAGCCUGGCGAGGUGGGACUUGGUGGGUCACCGAGUUCUGUUUCACCCCAACAUGUGGGCGAAGAUGGAGAGCACCCGUAAGCGGCUGGCGGAGAUGGAAUUGACGGGGAUCGUAUACACGGAGGAAGAGGGUACGCCGACUUUCCCGGAAGCAGAGGUGCCGCUAGGCUUCGCGGCGAGGGCUACGGCGGAGCGAUGGAAGACCAAGCUCUUGAUCGACAACCCUUCCCAAGCCGCAGACAUGCUGUUCGCAGCUCUACUUGACAAGCUUAAGAAUGCCAACCGCGUCAUGGUCCCUGGCACUGGGAAGGCCACGCCACGGUACACGCGGAUGAUGUCUGACCUCUUGCAACAAGGGAGCGUGGUCCGCAUCUCGGCCUUCAAACACACGAAGCUCGAUUCACCCGGGGUGCCUGCCCCUUCAGACGUAAGAAUCUCCGCUCAGGUGCUCGCGGGGUGGAAAGCAAGCCUACUGCGGCAGAGCUGA